GCAAUCAACCAAAGUGAUCAACAUUUCGACCUUGAUAUCGAUAUAUAUCAACAAGCAUAAACGAUUAUUAUUGGCAACCGUCACUUUAUCAAGAGGAGCAUUAAGCGAUACAAGUCUCUUAAUAAUAAUUCCGAUUCCGAUUCACCGGCAAUGAUCAAAGUGGUUGAAACGAAACCAUUCGAAGGUCAAAAACCGGGUACAAGUGGCCUUCGCAAACCGGUACAAACAUUUCAGCAACCAGGUUAUCUGGAGAAUUUCAUUCAAUCUAUUCUGGAUGUUUCGUUGGCCGAUGUAAAGAACAGAAAUGCCGUACAACUAGUGGUUGGCGGUGAUGGCCGUUACUAUUCGUCACAAGCGAUCCAGACAAUCAUCUCAAUGUGUGCCGCUAAUGAGGUUGGCCACUUGAUUGUCGCUCACAAUGGCAUAAUGUCAACGCCGGCCAUAUCAGCCGUGAUUCGCGCACGAAAUGCACACGGUGGGAUCAUUCUCACCGCUAGUCACAAUCCAGGCGGCAUUAACGGUGAUUUUGGUGUCAAAUACAAUUGUGCAAAUGGUGGUCCAGCACCUGAUCAGGUGACCAAUGAAAUCUAUGCACGUAGCAAACAGAUCAAACAAUACAAACGUCUGGAUCCUUCGAUGCCCGAUGUAGAUGUUGGCCGAAUUGGGCAGCAUGUCGUCAAGCAUUCCGGCGGUGAAAUGAUGGUCGAUGUGGUCGAUUCUGUUGACAUGUAUCUGAAUCUGUUGAAGACAAUCUUUGAUUUUGAAUUGUUGCGCAAAUUUGUCUCCUCCAAGCGAUUGCUGAUUGAUGCAAUGAACGGUGUGAUGGGUCCUUAUGUUCGUCGAAUCAUCGUGCAAGAGCUAGGAGCCAGUGCCGAUGCAGCCAUACGUUGUGAUCCUCUGCCUGACUUUGGUGGCCACCAUCCUGAUCCGAAUCUGACGUAUGCAGCCGAUCUAGUGGACAAGAUGCGUAACGGUCCGUAUGAUUUGGGCGCUGCGUUCGAUGGUGAUGGCGAUAGAAACAUGAUUCUUGGUGCCAAAGGUUUUUUCGUCACUCCGUCCGAUUCGUUGGCCGUAUUGGGCGAAAAUCUCGAACGAAUUCCAUAUUUUCGCCGUGAUCGUGUCAAAGGCUAUGCCAGAUCGAUGCCAACUUCGAGAGCAAUGGAUCAGGUGGCCAAAAAAACCGGUCUGAAAUGUUAUGAAACGCCCACUGGUUGGAAAUAUUUCGGCUCACUUUUGGAUGCAGGGCUUGUAUCGAUUUGUGGCGAGGAAAGUUUCGGCACCGGUUCCGAUCAUAUUCGAGAAAAGGAUGGCCUGUGGGCUGUACUUGCUUGGUUGUCGGUUAUGGCAACUAUGCCUGAUGAUCAGUCGAACAGUGUCGAAUCAAUUGUUCGCCAACAUUGGCGUACAUAUGGCCGCUGUUAUUAUUGCCGUUAUGAUUACGAGAAUUGUGAUGCCCGAUCUUGUGAGACGAUGAUGUCUACUUUGGCUGCGAAAAUUGCUGCCAAUCAACUGCCCAAAACAAUCGAAUCGGACGGGACAACAUAUCAUGUUGAUGAGGCCUUUAAUUUUGGCUACACUGAUCCUGUAUCAGGUGAACAGGCAAGCAACCAAGGUCUGGUCAUUCAGUUCAAUGGUGGUGCAUCUCGAGUUAUGUUCCGGCUGAGUGGAACAGGAUCGACCGGUGCUACCGUGCGAUUGUAUAUUGAACAAAUGGAAAUGGACUCGGAAAAAGCCAUCAACGGUAACCAAGAGGAUUAUAUCCGACCAUUGGCCAAAGUGGCAUUGCAAUUGUCUUGUUUGUCCGAAUUUACUGGUCGACAACAACCAACAGUCAUCACAUGAGAAUUGUUUUAUUGUUUAUUGUUUAUUGAUUAUUUUAUUAUUAAUGUGUUUAUUGGGCAAAUGACAUGAAUUACAUCGAUUACAAUGCGAUGAGGUUAUUUUC